CUCGCAGGGGUCUUGAGCCUCCGACUUUGGCCUCGAUUGGCUGCCUGUUGAACGUUGUGUUCACAUCCCACUCUGCCCAUGCUUGUUUGUUGUCUUCAUUAAUACGGAGUAUCUAAUUCGAAUUCGUCAUUCUCGGCCUUGCUCCCCAUUCAGGUGACGUCUUCCGACAUUUGCCUAGAACACAUCGAACAACGCCUCAUCCCGACCAGACUAUCCCUAACCAUCUCGCUGCAAAGUUUCUUAGGCCGAUGAGAUUGGUAGAUCUUCCACAUCCACAUUAAGGCCCAAAAAUAUCCUUGCAGUCAAGCUUUCGUUUGAAAGCAUUCUGUCGGCGUCAUGACAAACGAAAUCUCCCUAUUGAAGCCACUAGGCUACCAAAGAAAAAGCUCCUGCGGCUACUGCAAGAAUGCCACUGGAAGCUCCUCAUAUUACAUGUCAUGUGACAAUAUGCGAAUUGAUCACUAUCAGGAGUUGAUGGACAGAGGUUGGAGAAGGUCAGGCAGUCUGUACUAUAAGCCAGACCUGCUCCGAUCAUGCUGUCCACACUAUACCAUACGGCUGAAAGCGUCUGAGUGCAGGCCGAAAAAGGAUCAACGUCAGGCAAUGAAUCGAUUCAACGCAUUCGUGCUCGGACCAGAGUACAAGCGUCAGGCUGCGAGGUUGUGUCCUCAAGAUCGAGAGGAGAAGCGCAAAAAUCGAGACAAGUUCGACCUGUUAUCUGCUGUCCAUAGAGCUGAAUACAGUCUCGUACAGCGUCCACGGAACAAGAAUACUGACAAACCUAUUGAACCGGCUCACAAGUUCGAAGUGAGCCUUGAGGGCGAUAGCUGCACAAAGGAGAAGUACGAUGUAUUCCUCAAAUAUCAGUUGCAGAUUCAUAAAGACCCACCCUCGAGAUGGAAAGAAAAGGACUUCACUCGAUUUCUUUGUAGUGGCCUCGACCGCAAGGUCCUCAAAAUCGACGGUAGGACGCUGAAAUUAGGAUCUUAUCAUCAAUGCUAUCGAUUAGACGGAAAGUUAGUGGCGGUGGCAGUCCUGGACCUUCUACCUCACGCUGUCAGUUCGGUCUAUCUGUUUUAUGAUCCUGAUUACGAACAAUGGGAUUUUGGCAAGCUGAGUGCCGUCCGGGAAAUUGCAAUGAGCCUAGAAUUAGGCUAUGAGUACUAUUAUAUGGGUAUGAUUUCGGUCACACCGCCAUGCUUUGCUUAUUGUGCCUCAGGCUAUUACAUUCAUUCAUGUGCCAAAAUGCGGUAUAAGGGUAGCUUUUCUCCAAGUUACUUACUCGGUAAGCCCUCUGCAACCACGAUGAGCCAGCCCGUAUAACUUUUCAGAUCCCGAGAGCCUUGAAUGGUGCAUUCUUGAUGACCACUACCGUCAAGAACUCGAUAGAAGACCAUAUGUUUCGCUAUCGCACGAUCGGCAGACAGCUAUCGAGAACAAUUCACUCGCCGAAAAUGCACCAAGCAGAAGUUCGACUGCUGCAAGUACUAGUGAACGUUCCAAAACGACGAAAGAAAGAUCGAAAAUCUUCGACGACGAUAAAGAUCUUGAGUUUGAUGAAGUGCCAAGCGACGAAGAGGACGCAGAGAUCCCGGAAGGCUCUCUGUUCGACUACAAUAUCCCGGGGGUUCUAACCAAGGAGGAAGUGAAGCACCUUGACUUGGACCAUUGGCGACUGGUUGUGAGAAACAGUCUAGUCGAAUUGGAGGACAUCCGAGGUUGGGAAGACUGGGAGAUUGACAAACCCGACACGAUAAAGGGUAUAGCCGCAGAGUUGAUCGCUGCGACGGGACCGAAGCUGCUUGAAAAUUCAGCCCUUGUACUCUUCUAGGGUUAUGCAUGGAUGACUGCAGAGUAUGGCACUGCAUCAAUUGGUGCACCGAGCAUGAAAACAAAGAUGGGGAUUUGAACGUCGUCCAGCUUAACAGGUCUUUUUUCUUAAUGAAAAUAAACCCUGCUUGCGAUGAAUUUUUCCUCCUGCGCAGCAGACAACUGUUACAAGCAGGGAUUUUCCCAGCAUCCACAGCAUCCUGUCUUUGCCCA